GUGGUGAGAGUGGGGAAACAGAAGAGUCUGUUCUUUUGAGUUUUGAUGUUGAGUAUUUUCCCAUCGAAGAUGUUUGGGUAUAUAAGUUAUCCUGUAUGAGCUUUUGUGCCAAAUACAUUACGUUGUUACAGGUGUCAAGCUUAUGGGCAUGUGGCAGUAAUGUUUAGGAGGGAGGUUCCUAGGUGUGAGAAGUGUGCAGAAGGGCAUGAGACAAAGAAAUGUGUAGCAUUGGGGAAAGUAGUGGUAUGUGUUAAUUGUAGGGGUGCCCAUGGGACUGGGGAUCAGAAAUGUCCUGUGCGAGAGAGGCAGGUUGAGGUGGUUUCCAAGGUUAGUUAGAGUAGUGCAGAAGUGUCAUAUGCUGAGGCAGUGAAGAAAGUAGAGGAAGAUGGGUCAAUGAGGACAGAUCCUGAGAGGAGUGGUGUGAGUAGUAGAUCUGUACCAGUAGAGGGAUAGGCCAACAAGUGAUAUGUUUCAGUAAGAUUGGAUUUUCGGCAUUUACAGCAAUGGUUAUCAACUGUGAUACAGGGAUGGAAUGUAAGUCUCAGAAAAUUGAGGUUGUGGUGGCAGCUGCAGAGGUAUUAAGGUUUGCGAGACUUGACAUCAGAAGAGUUACAGGGUGUGUUGAGUGGUGAUGUCCCAUUCUUUAAGGUUGUUAGCAUGAGGUAGGACUAAAUAGAUUUACAUAUUGGAGUAGAGUGGUGGUCUUUUUUUGUGAGUGUAGUGUUAGAUGGUAGGGUAUUUGUUUAUUUCGUUUUCAAGCAAAGUAUAAGGUAGUUGUACUCCAGUCUAAUAGAUGGCGGUAAUGCAACAUAUAUUGGAUGCCAACCGCGUUAAACCUCCUCGAAGAAGAACAACAUCCUUUCUCUUCAGUGUAAACGGAAGUAAACAAUGUCAACGACCAAGAAACAUUUCCACUUUAGCGUUUUUAAUUUGGUUAUUUAGACGUUUAUCAACACAAAUGAACUCAGAAUAUAGACCAUUUAACAGCAAAGCACCACAUUCUUACCUCAUGUAGUCUUUAAGUCGCGUUGUAGACAGGACUUUAUUGAUAGAUGUUAUCUAGGUAACGCUAGCUGCUAACAAUGGCUAACUGUAUGGUUUUUCACACUCAAAUAGCCUCCAUCAUGGAGGUGCUUGCGAAUGCAGCCGUUGCAGAUAUUUGUAAACUCGUAGACGACGACUAUGCAGUGUUUCGUUUGGAAAUUUCUCAAAGCCAGAAUGAUAACAGGACAUUGCGGAGGAAACUACAGCUACUGGAACUGAAGAUGGCACGGGAGCGCGCAGAGAGGACAAUGCGAGAUCGCGUCCUCGCCAGUCGUCCCAGUAGUGUCAAGAUCCUUGACCGAUACAGAGGAAUGUCAAGAGGUGAAGGAAAUCUCAAUGGGGGCCACAAGAGCUUUGUGAAACCAGCAGGACAUAAUGAAUGGAGUGAUGACCAACCAAUCACUGUUGAUGAGGGGAGUGGAACCUCAACCCAGCAUGUUAUCGUGAUAGAGGAUGCAGAGGCUGCAGGUCCUGGGGUCAAACUGGAGAGGUCUGAAGGAGAGGAGGACACACGGCACAGCAGUGACAUCCAGACUGGACAGGCUGGAGGGCCCCCUGAAGCCACGGAGGACCAUACCACCGCCUCAGCGCAGCCCAGGACCCGAAGCAGCAUCACGGAGGAGGAGGAGGAGGUGCUACUGGUGAAGGAGGAGGGGUGUGAGGAGGGUCUGGGGAACCCUAGGGGGACCAUGGUCAUGGAGGACAACCAGACUACACCUCCUCCUGAACCCACAGAGGAACCAGCUGAGCAGCACAGGACCACACACAGUCUCACUGAGUCAGUAGACAUGGAGGAUGGGAAGCCUGAUCUGUUGCUAGUCAAAGAGGAGACAAUAGAAGACGGACCAGAGAGCAUUGAUCUGCUGAGUGGACUAAAGAUGGGGGAGCAAGGUUGUUGGCUGGAGGCUAACAGAGGAGACUGGGCGGCCAUAUUGGAUUCCCAGACCCAGAUGGGUGCAGCCAAGGCCUCGGGGGACGACACCAGAGGCAACAUAUUGGAGUGUGCAGUCCAUGAGGACCUGAUGAAAUCUGGUGUUGCUGGCGGGAGAGACUGGACCUCUGAAGCAGCUGGUCACAAACCCUGGCCCCGGAUCAGAACCCUGGAUCAGGAGCCGUCACUCUUCCUUCCCGUGUCAGAACCAGAACCGAACCACGUGGGACAGAGACUCCAGCACCACGCAGAACACAAUCAGUGGACAGGUGGACUGAACAACCUCAGUCCUGGUGUUCAUCAGAGAGACAGAGGCUCCAGUCAGGGAUCCAGUCCACAGCCCAGACCCUUCUCUUCACAGUCUCAGUGCAGGGAUGGAGCAGGACCUGGGCCUGAUAGAGAUAGACCCUCCUGUUCCUAUGAUACAAACACCACAGUAUCCAUGAUGAACAGAGCAGGUCACCCUGCACUUCAGCCUUCACAGAGAGUGGUGGGAGACUCUCAUGGUGGUAGUCUAUCAGGAAGUCUGUCUUCUCCUUCAGGGUCUUGUCUAAUGACUAGUGACUGGAUUCAUAGAAAGCCUGGACCUGGGUCUAGCCUUCCUCAGAUACCUCAUGGUUACCCCACCAAUACAGACAGGGCCAGGAUGGGUGGUAACCACGAGAGGUACCUAGCCUAUAACACAGCACACAAUCCCAACAACACCCAAACAAUGGCUAGAGGUCAAGGAGGGAGCUCAAAGACUAACCACCUGACGGUGGUGGCACCUGCUUCUACCUCCUCUGGUGUCAUUGGGUCACAACGUGGGAGGCCGAGCAUUAGGACGGACGCUGAAAAGCCGUAUGCCUGCCCCACAUGUGGGAAACGCUUUGCUAAGACAAAAUAUAUCAAGCAGCACCAGACAGUUCACACCAAGGAGAGGCCCUUCAAGUGCAAACUAUGUUACAAGAGCUUCUCCUUCCAGAGUAACCUUAUCAAACAUAGGAGUGUCCACAAUGGGGAGAAAUCGUAGCACUGUGGCUUGAGAUGUACACAGGGGAGAUCUGGGAACAAUUCUUCAGCUGACAUAUUAUAGUCAUCUUGUGAAGUGUCUCAGAGAGAGGGUUUUUUGGAAUACUAAGUCCCUCAGUUGAACAUCUGGGUACGCUCACAUUCUCACAUGAUACAGACUUGUUGUUUGGUGUGCUGGCACAGUAAAUCCAUUUUGAAUUCACUCA